CUCUCGCCGGCGGAGAGUCGCGCUGUGCUGCGCGCGCUCCCCUCGCCCCCGACGGCGCCGCCGGAGCCCCCGAGGCCCCGCGCCCCCCGCGCCCCAGCCCCGCUCAGGCGUGGACAGGGCGGGCGCCAGGGCGGGGCGCGCCGCCUGGCCGGUGUGAACGCAAGGAUCCCGGCCGGCGGAGACGGCGGCCGGCAGAGCCUGAGGCCAGCACUGCUGCCCGGCCCCCGCGCCCGAGACAUGCGGCGGGAGAGGUGAGCGGGGCGGGCGGCGCCGUGGGAGCAGCGAGGCCGUGGACACACGGCGAGGUGCGGCGCCCCCCGCCUGCGUCCCCGCCAUGGAGGUGCUGCGGCGCUCCUCCGUCUUCGCCGCCGAGAUCAUGGACGCCUUUGAGCGCUCGCCCACCGACAAGGAGCUGGUGGCCCAGGCCAGGGCUCUCGGCCGGGAGUUCGUGCACGCGCGGCUGCUGCGCGCCGGCCUCGCCUGGAGCGCGCCCGAGCGCGCCGCCCCCGCCCCCGGCGGCCGCCUGGCCGAGGUGUGCGCGGUGCUGCUGCGCCUGGCAGACGAGCUGGAACUGAUCCGGCCCAGCGUCUACCGCCAUGUGGCUCGCCAGCUGAACAUCUCCCUGCAGUCUGAGACCGUGGUGACCGACGCCUUCCUGGCCGUGGCCACCCAGAUCUUCUCAGCAGGCAUCACGUGGGGCAAGGUCGUGUCCCUGUACUCGGUGGCUGCGGGGCUGGCAGUGGACUGUGUGCGGCAGGCGCAGCCUGCCCUGGUCCACGCCCUCGUCGACUGCCUGGGGGAGUUCGUGCGCAAGACCCUGGCGACCUGGCUGCGGAGGCGCGGCGGAUGGACGGACGUGCUCAAGUGCGUGGUCAGCACCGACCCCGGCCUCCGCUCUCACUGGCUCGUGGCCGCACUCUGCAGCUUCGGCCGCUUCCUGAAGGCUGCCUUCUUCAUGCUGUUGCCGGAGAGAUGAACCGCAGGCCCGGGCGGGGGCCACAGCCUGGCCCCCUGACCCAGGGGGCCCUCGGGCUCGGAAAACAUCCCCCUCCACCCCACUCAAGCCGGGAAGACCCUCGGAGCCCUGCGUGCACGCUGGAGAGCCUGCCCUGAGCCCCUCCUCUACAGACCCAGGCCCUCUGGACGGGGAAGUGGGGGGUUUCCUGGGCCUGGAGCUGGGCUUCAGUGCCGACAGGGGGCCCUUCCCCCUCGCUCCCCCUCUCCCAGAACCCCCACUUGUGCCGUUCUUUCUAGAGCCAGAAAGCCAGGGUCAUGUCCCAGGCCCCGAAGGAAGGGAGCUGGGAACACCAAGCUCUCACUCGAUGCCAGGGCCUGUCUGUCACGGCAGGACAUGAGCUGGCCUCCGUCCUCGUGGGCAGGGGGCCCCGGCCGUCAGGCCUGAAGGUGACUCUGGCUUGGCCGAGGCCGGAGGAGCCGCGGGGUCUUACUGACCCGCAAACGGAGCGUCAGGCUCCUGUGGAGGCUGCUCAAUCCACUUCUGGAGGGAGAGUGUCCCCUGUGCACUGGGUGGGGGGGUUCUUUGUGUGGCAGGGACCUGUGGACGCAAGAACCCGUGACCGAGAAGGACCGUGUGUGUGUUCGACCCCAAUAAAGUUCCGUGGCCGUG